AUGCGUGCCUGUCAACUUUUGCCCGCGCUCCACGUCAAGACAUUCGCCUUCAUCCUAUUCACCACGUCAUGCGUUUUCGCUCAAUCCCCGUCCAGCUCCACUUCGUCCACUACCACACACUUCACCUCGCCCGAUGUACGCUCCAUCUCGUCGAACCUCACCAGCCCCUCCUCCUCUGACUCCCCCGACCCCAACUCUAUCGCCAGCAGCGGCGGCCUCUCUGGAAGCGCUAUAGCCGGCCUCUGCGCCGUCGGUGGCUUCGUUCUCGUCUUUGUAAUCGCCGCCGUCUUGUUCUUCUGGAACCGCCGCGCCGACCGCACCAUGCGCACAGAGCUAGACGUGCAAGACCUCGUGCUAAGCAUGGCCUUCAGUGGCGAUGAAGAGGCCGCUAUGGUGAAGCAUGCGGGCGUGCUGCCUGGGGUAGUCGGGCCCUUGGGCAUCAUGGGCAGCUCAAUGAGAGCAGUCGACCCUGACGGAACGCUGCGAAUAACGCCACCACCGGCUGUAUAUAGAACGAAGAGUAUGGAGGAUUAUGGAGUGGGGCUGCAAAGGGAGCUGUGGGAUGUAAGCGAGCUGGGGGUACUGGACCGCAUGUAG